CAUUAAUCAAUGGCUGAGCUUGAGAUCCCGUCCUAUUUCCUUUGCCCGAUCUCAUACCAGAUAAUGAAAGAUCCGGUGACCCUUUCAACCGGUAUCACCUACGACCGCAGCAGCAUCCAGCAAUGGAUAUUCGCCGGAAAGCACGACACCUGUCCGGUCACCAACCAGUUGCUUUCAAGCCGGGAUCUGACACCGAACCACACCCUCCGGCGACUAAUCCAAGCUUGGUGCGUCGCCAACGCAGUCGAGCGGGUCCCGACACCUCGACAGCCAAUCGACCGGGCCCACAUUGCCAGGAUCGUCGACAAAGCUCGGUCUUCGACGCAAUUUCAGCUGAGCUGUUUACAACAGCUUAAGUCGAUAGCGUCAGAGAGCGAGAUAAAUAGAUCCUGCAUCGAAAACUCAGAAGCAGUCGAGUUCUUGGCUUCUGUUGUCAGCAUUAGCGGUAAUAAUAACGGUUGUGACGAUUCAGUUAAUGAAGCGCUCGAAAUUCUAAGCAAGCUUCAGAUCUCCGAUCAAGCGCUCAUCGAUCUUGUCUCAAGAUUCGACGACCUCAUCGACUCGUUAACCAAGAUAUUGAAUCAAUCGAACCAUACAUCAAGAACCAACGCCUUGAUUCUAUUAAAAUCGAUAGUCCAAGUGAUUUCACCAGCUCGAUUAAUGGCGGUGCGAGAAGAUCUCUUCCUCGGAGUAGUGAAGAUGCUUCGAGACAAAAUCUCGAUCAAGGCGACAAAAUCGGCCCUCGAAACCCUAAUAGGUGUCUGUUCGUGGGGACGGAACCGGAUCAAAGCGUCUCGCUCAGGCGCAGUGCACGUGCUGAUCGAGAUCCUGAUCGAUUGCGAGAACGAGAGGAGAGUUAACGAGAUGGCUCUCGUUGUGUUGGACAAACUGAGCUCUUGCGCUGAAGGGAGAGCCGAGAUUGUAAAGCAUGCGGCGGGGAUUGCGGCGGUGUCGAGAUCGAUACUGAGGGUAUCGGCCACGGGGAAUGAGAGGGCAGUUAGGGUUCUGUGGUCGGUGGCUAGGUACUCAGCGACGGCAGCGGUGGUCCAGGAGAUGAUGCAGGUGGGAGCAGUGGCGAAGCUGAAGCGAAGGAGAUGGGGAGGGAGAUUCUGA